UAAGAGACGAGGCUUUCAGAAGCCCCGCGGAGGUUCUCUCGCUGCUUUUCCUCCCUUUCUUCGGUUCAGCGUUUCCAGGUCCGGUAGCCAUGUCGUACCCCGAAGCUGAGAGCUUGCGAAGCACUUUUUCCUCUUACAUGGCGGAGGGCGAGCGGCUGUAUCUAUGCGGAGAAUUCUCUAAAGCCGCCCAGAGCUUCAGCAACGCUCUUCAGCUUCAGAGUGCAGACAAGAACGGCCUGGUUGCCCGCUCCAAGUGCUUCCUGAAGAUGGGAGAGUUGGAGAAAUCCCUGAAUGAUGCUGAGGCUUCACUUCAGAGUGACCCGACUUUCUGCAAGGGGAUUUUACAAAAGGCUGAGACACUGUAUACCAUGGGAGACUUUGAAUUUGCUUUGGUGUUCUAUCAUCGAGGCUACAAGCUGCGGUCAGAUCGGGAAUUCAAAGUUGGAAUUCAGAAAGCCCAGGAAGCCAUCAACAACUCAGUGGGAAGUCCUUCUUCGAUUAAGCUGGAGAACACAGGGGACCUCUCCUUCUUAAGCAAGCAGGCUGAGAGUAUGAAAGCCCAGCAGAAGCCUCAUCCCAUGAAACACCUCUUACACCACACCAAGAGGGAGUCCAAGCGGAAGGGCUCCCUCAAGAGUGAGAAGACUGUCCGCCAGCUCCUGGGGGAGCUCUACGUGGACAAGGAGUAUCUGGAGAAGCUCCUACUGGAUGAAGACCUGAUGAAAGGCACCAUCAAGGAUGGCCUGACCGUGGAGGACCUCAUCAUGACGGGCAUCAAUUACCUGGACACCCGCAGCAACUUCUGGAGACAGCAGAAGCCAAUCUACGCCAGGGAGCGGGACCGGAAGCUGAUGCAAGAGAAAUGGCUGCGGGACCGCAAACGCCGUCCUUCACAGACAGCCCAUUACAUCCUCAAGAGCCUCGAGGACAUUGACAUGUUGUUGACCAGCGGCAGCGCUGAAGGGAGUCUUCAGAAAGCUGAGAAAGUGCUGAAGAAGGUACUGGAAUGGAACGAAGAAGAAGUACCCAACAAGGAUGAACUGCUUGGAAACUUAUACAGCUGCAUAGGGAAUGCCCAGAUUGAGCUGGGACAGAUGGCAGCAGCUUUGCAUAGCCACAGAAAGGACCUGGAGAUCGCCAAAGAAUAUGACCUUCCCGAUGCGAAAUCAAGAGCCCUUGACAACAUUGGCAGGGUUUUUGCCAGAGUUGGGAAAUUGCAGCAAGCCAUUGACACGUGGGAAGAGAAGAUCCCUCUGGCAAAAACCACCCUGGAGAAGACCUGGCUCUUCCAUGAGAUUGGCCGCUGCUACUUGGAGCUGGACCAGCCCUGGCAGGCCCAGAAUUAUGGCGAGAAGUCCCAGCAGUGUGCAGAGGAGGAAGGGGACAUUGAGUGGCAACUGAAUGCCAGUGUUCUUGUGGCUCAGGCACAAGUAAAGCUGAGAGACUUCGAGUCGGCUGUGAACAACUUUGAGAAGGCCCUGGAGAGAGCGAAGCUUGUCCAUAACAACGAGGCACAGCAGGCCAUCAUCAGUGCCUUGGACGAUGCCAACAAAGGAAUCAUUGAAGAGCUGAAGAAAACUAACUACAGGGAGAAUCUCAAAGUAAAGAGAGAGAAAGAAGAGGCCAUCGCUGCGGUGAAUGAAGAUAAAACAAUGGCAAAGAAGGACACGAAAAGAGGGAGCGACGAACCUGAGAAGGUGAUGAAGCAGUGGGAAGGGAAGCUCAUGGAGAGCGAGAAAGAGACGGGUGAAGACGAGCCCUUCAGUGGCGGCCUCGGGGCCGGGGCCGGGGCCGCAGCAAGCGCACAGCAGGGAGGGGAGGCGGGAAAAGCCAGAAGAGGCCCAGACGUUGCCCAGAGCCCGUCGGGAGGGUCGGGCACGAGAAGAGCAGCAGGGACAGGCAGGAAACUUCCAGACGUGGGCAGAAGAGAAUCGAGAGAGAUUUACAGGAGGCCUUCUGCAGAACUGGACCAAAGGCUCUUCGGAGAACUAAGCAGAAAGGAAUCAAAGGAGAAGGGACUUUCAGAAGUAGGCGCAAGAGAGUUGGGAGAACUGGGGAAAACAGAAUUGGGAGAAACAGGGGAAAUGAAAAAACAGAAAACGCCGAAGAACUGAGAAAGCAACACGAGCGAAGCCAUCAUUGGGGGGCGUUAGGAUCAGGAGGGUGGUGUGCACAGGGGUCAGGGGGUCUUAUUAAACUGGAGUUUCAAGCUGAAA